CUCGUGUACAAUUUAGCAUACAAAACAAAGAAAACAAAUUGGUGUGUUUGGUAAAAAUCUAAUAUUGAGCUCCAUCUCUAAUCAGCCAAACUGCUAAAACAUACUCCGAAUCGCUCAUUAGCUCGUCUAACAAGUUUGUCGCUAAAUCCUUCCAUAGUUCCAUCCCUAAUAAGCCAAACUGGUCUUUUCUCUCAGCAGCUCUAUUCCUGCUUUGUUGGAGCUACAUUUCUUAAGCUGAAACGAUCAGGCUUGAAAAAGGAUAGAUCCGCCCCUAUGUCUAUGUUCUAAAGCACAGGGAUCUCCUCUUGGACUCUUUUUCCUUCAAAAUUAAUCGAUGGAGAUGAAGCAAAAAACAAGCACUUCUACAUCAGAUCCAAGUCUAGCAAAAUCUAAGAACAAGAAGGACAAGGGAAAAGCCUCGAAAAAGGGGUUGAACAUAGAAGGCUAUCAAAUCGAAGGAAUUUCAAUUGCGGGGCAUGAGACUUGUGUCAUUAUCCCCACUCUAAAUUUGGCAUUUGAUAUUGGCAAGUGCCCACAACGUGCUGUGUCUCAACAAUUUAUCUUCAUUUCCCAUGGACAUAUGGACCACAUAGGAGGACUGCCCAUGCAUGUGGCUACACGUGGCCUCUAUGGAAUGGUUCCACCUACAAUAGUUGUGCCAUAUGAGGUUAAAGAAAGCGUUGAGAAGAUUUUUGAAGCACAUAGAGCUAUGGACCAAUCUGAACUCAAGCACACUUUGAUUGCUUUGGAUGUGGGAGAAGAGUUUGUUUUAAGGAAGGAUCUAAAAGUAAGGGCGUUCAGAACUUACCAUGUCAUACCCAGCCAGGGUUACAUAGUUUAUUCUAUAAAGCAUAAGCUUAAACAAGAAUACAUUGGCCUUUCAGGAGAAGAGAUAAAGAGAUUGAAGGCAUCAAAUGUGGAGAUCACAAACACUAUAAAUACACCUGAAAUCGCUUUUACAGGAGACACGAUGUCAGAUUUCAUUUUAGACAAUGAUAACAUUGAUGUUUUGAGGACGAGGAUACUCAUUAUGGAGGUAUACAACAUCACCUAGUACCUACCUAGAGAAAACAACUACAGUAGAGGAUGCUAGGGAGCGUGGCCAUAUGCAUUUGUCUGAGAUAAUCAAGUAUGCAGACAGAUUUGAAAACAAAGCGAUACUUCUGAUUCAUUUUUCAGCUCGUUAUAAACUAGAUGUUAUUGAGGAAGCUAUUUCGGCAAUACCUCCACCUUUGGCUGGCAGAGUUUUUGCCCUCACCGAAGGGUUUUGAUGUGUAGGGGAAUGGAAAGACACCAAAUAAAGAAUGCCUUUCUAAGAACAUCUCCAAUGCAUUGUAGUCUAGUCUAGUUAAAGUGUCACCUCAUUAAAUUAGACUUGGACAAUUUAUUACCUCAUGCAACCUUUGUUAGGCAUGGCAAUGAGUCGAGGCGGGGCGGGUACCGCAAGACUCGGACCUACCCCAUGACUUUACCGGGUGGACCCGCCUCUCCCCAUGACUCGCAUAGUCGCAUGAGUCCAAAUUUGUUUACCCAUGAGGCCAUGACCCGCCCUGUCCCGCCGUAACUUAAUUACCAAUGCAUAUCUAUUUGCGUGACGUCAUUAUCACUUGAAUAUACUUAAAGUUUAUCUCUAGAC